ACACCAAGUUCGGUAAAAAUGGCGAGUUCUCUUCCUUUGGAAGCAGUGAUGUCCUGCCCAAGACACGAGACCAGGAAUGGAGCCCCCGCCGCCCCAAAGGCGCUGGCCUUCUCUAUUGACAGAAUCAUGUCCAAGACUUCGGAACCAAAAAACGCAUUUGACGACCGUCGCGGAGUGGAGGUUUCAGAGAGCAAGAAGAUGGUCAGCUUGUGCUCACCUAUCCCCUGUAUGAUUCCCAUCCAGCCUUUUAGCUACGACCUUCAAGCAAAGGCUUUGAUGAAUUACUCCGAAUUUUGGAAAGCUAAUUUUAGGGGGACGAUAUGUACCUCCGCUGCGAUGUGCAAAGCCAACUGUGGUGUGUGCGGUAAAACGGACUCGAGUUUUAAGCAUUCGUUACUGCCAGGAACCAGAGUGAUCAAACCCCAAGUAAUUCAUCAAACAGUCGCGAUGCCGACAAAUGGGUCCCUGUAUUAUUUCAACUACUUGGACACUGCGUAUCACCCAUCUGAUUUACUUGGCGGACAUUUAUUUUCUUCUUCCAUUGCAAAUUCUCAAGCGCACGCAUCCCUCACCGCGCACCAGAGAUUGCUUUUGCUGGAGAAUGCCAAACUCGCCGGUGCCACGGCCGAAAAGUUCCCUACGCCCCAGUACCCGCACAAGGAGCGUCUGCCCGGACAACUGGACCAGAUUGUAAAGGAGAAUCACAACCUGACCUCGGAGAAGAACGGCGUGAAAGCGCACAAUAAACUAAGCAACAGUUCAACAGAUGGGAAACCGAAAAACUUUACCUGCGAAGUGUGUGGAAAGGUGUUCAACGCUCAUUACAACUUAACUCGUCACAUGCCAGUGCACACUGGCGCUAGACCUUUCGUGUGCAAAGUGUGCGGAAAAGGUUUCCGCCAAGCCAGCACAUUGUGCCGACACAAAAUCAUUCAUACACAGGAAAAACCUCAUAAAUGCAACCAGUGUGGAAAAGCCUUCAACAGGAGCUCGACGUUAAACACUCACAUACGGAUUCAUGCUGGGUACAAACCGUUCGUCUGCGAAUUUUGUGGGAAAGGAUUUCACCAAAAAGGAAACUACAAGAACCACAAACUGACGCACAGUGGCGAAAAGCAGUACAAGUGCUCCAUCUGCAACAAAGCCUUUCACCAGAUUUACAACCUGACCUUCCACAUGCACACGCACAACGACAAGAAGCCGUUUACUUGUGGAACUUGCGGCAAAGGCUUUUGCAGGAACUUUGAUUUGAAGAAGCACAUACGGAAACUGCACGACAGCAAUUCGUGUUUAUCUGCGUCAAACGACUCUUCACGAGGACUCACGAGCUGA